GUUUGAUUCUCUAACGUAUUAGCUUACCAUGAGAACGAUCAACUCUAACCAAUCGGUGACCAUCCCGAAGGGUGUAUCCAUCAAGGUAAAAGCCCGUGUUGUGACCGUACACGGACCUCGCGGAAAGCUCGUGAAGAAUUUCCGCCACUUGCCGAUCGAUAUCUUCAAGGUGCAUCGCAAGAAGGUGACGGUGGAGAAAUGGUUUGGUUCCAAGAAAGAACUGGCCGCUGUUCGCACUGUGUGCUCGCACAUUGAGAACUUGAUUAAGGGUGUCACUAAGGGAUUCCAGUACAAGAUGCGUGCUGUACAUGCUCAUUUCCCCAUCAAUUGCGUGAUCAGUGAGAACAACUCGUUGGUGGAAAUCCGCAAUUUCUUGGGCGAAAAGCACAUUCGUCGCGUGAAGAUGCAGCCUGGAGUGACCGUUGUGAAUUCCGCCAAACAAAAGGAUGAGCUGGUCCUUGAAGGCAAUGACAUCGAAGCGGUUUCGUUGUCUGCCGCUCUUAUUCAGCAGUCCACGACUGUCCACAAUAAGGAUAUCCGUAAGUUCUUGGACGGAUUGUACGUUUCCGAGAAGACCACAGUGGUACAGGACGAGGAAUAAAUUGUAACAUUGUAAGCAAACGGAAUGAAGCAGAAAACAAAGUGAAUGGUGGUCUAUGAA